UAUUGUUUUUAUUUAUAUUUAUCAAUGAAUAUCAGUAUUAUACAUUUACGAUUUUCUUAUUAGUUAUUAGCGUUUAGUAGGUAUGUUCAUUGUUUAAUUAUUAUAAAUUUAAAAACAUUAAAUAUGGAAAAUACUAUUACCGUCAACGAUGUGGAUACUGAUUUUUUACCAUUAAUUCACGAUAUUAUAAAAAGCGGUGAAAGAGAAAAUCAUGAACCUCAAAAAUCAGCCCAAGAAAUAUCACAAAAAAUACAAGAUUUACAAAAAAAAAUUGAUCAAGCACGAAGUGAUAUUCGUAAAUUACCAGGAAUCCAAUACAACAGUGAGCAGCAGUUAAAAGCCAUGGAUGAUCUCCGUCAAUCUUUACAAAUGAAAAGACAACUAUUAUUAAAAUAUAGACAUAUGUAUUCAUUUGAUGUACCAAAAUAUUAAGAUAUUAAAAUACAAUUAAUGUGUUUGUGUAAUUCGUGUUUCAUAUUGUUUGGGAACAUAAUUUUUGUUUAUUUUUUUUAAUGAGUAAAAUUUUAUUAUUUUUUCUUAUUUAUGUAAGCAUU